AUGGAUAUCCUAGACGAUAAUCCCCGAGAGAAGAAGAGGCGAAGAACUGAGGCGGAAACGGACGCCAGCGUCUCCCUUCCCCCCGAAAUUAUUUCCAGUGUUUUAUCCGAAUCACUGCUUUCCAUAGACCAAUGCGCUCUGGAUUUAUUAGUGCCUGACUGGCAUCCACGUAAGCAAUAUAACCCACUAUCAGACAACCCCUUGAAUUUAACGAGAGUCGUCACAUACACACGAGGCAUUGAUGGCAAAGUUGGCAGUCUCAUAACCAGCCUCGGACAUGGUGACGAUGAUCAUAACUUUCUCCCUGUGAAAUUCCCUGAUAAGAAUCUUUUAGCACUUAAUAAGUGGUGUAAUAACGAGGUGAUCAGGGUCCUCUGCCUCGAAGGCGCACAAGUUUUCGAACUCGCCGCAGACGGUCUCCCUCCUACCAUCGCUGAGGAAUCCUUUCUAGGAAAUAGAAGAGAUACGUUUCCCAUCAGAGGAAAGCGUUCACGAGGUAUUCUUCCCUAUGAUGACGAAGAUCCCGAAGCUGAUAAGAAAGUUAUGCCAAGUGGCUCACCUUACAUCUUUAAGCUCCUGCGUCAUAUCGUAAUUCGUUCACCGCUAACCCUCAUGGAUGUUGACGCUCGUAGUAUGAUCGGAUUCGAGGCCCAGACAAACGAUGCUAACCUUGAGGCGCUCGAUAUGCUUAUCGACCUAGAUCGUGGUUCACCCCUAUGGCUAUCGUGGUCAAAGAUGCCGAUGCUGGAGAGCGUCCUUCUGGACCUACGCAUCUAUAGCCACGACGUUAACACUGAUCGCGGGUGCAUCGGCAAAGGCGAGAUCAUAAGGCGGGCGCAAGAAAUGGGCCGCUGGCUACGAUUGAAGUUGUUGGUUAUUGCUGGCCUGCAGAGCUACAGCUUCGACACGAGUUACGACGCAUGCACGGCGGAACUUGUUGAAGAAGCAGACGAGAUAGACGGGGGGCCUAAUUGGAUCAAGAUUUUUUCGCCCGCUGUACGUCCUGGUGGUAAACUUAUUCUCGUCGAUCGGUUGACGGAUGAAUCAACGGAUUUCUUAUUUCUUCAUUAUUGA